AUGGCGACUUCAUCUACAACAUCAUCUUUCUCUCUUCUUCUUCCUCUUCUUUUUCUUCUUCUCUCUUCUCCUUCCGCUGCCCAUCCACUAAGGGCSUGUAUGUUCGAUGCAAUAUAUCAACUCGGCGACUCAAUCUCCGACACCGGAAAUUUGAUUCGAGAAAAUCCUAACACUCCCUUCUCUCACCCUCUCUAUGGUGAAUCCUUAUUCCAUGGUGCCACUGGUCGCUGCUCCAAUGGCCUACUCAUGCUCGAUUACUUUGCUUUGGCCGCGGGGCUUCCAUCGGUGAAUCCUUAUCUUAACAAGGAUGGUUUGACGGAUCAUGGAGUGAAUUUUGCAGUGGCUGGUUCUACAGCUUUGUCUUCCGAAGCUCUUCUUCGCAAUAAAAUCUUGUCUCCCGUUACCARUUCUUCUCUCGAUCAUCAACUUGAUUGGAUGUUCUCUCAUUUUAACUCCAUCUAUCUUAAUGAAAGAGAUUGCAACGAGAAGUUAGGGAGUGCUUUGUUUCUGGUGGGCGAGAUUGGCGGGAACGACUACAAUUAUGCACUAUUCCAAGGCAAAACUAUAUCAGAGGCGAAAGAUAUGGUACCAGAUGUUGUUCAAACCAUAAAGAAUGCGGUUGAGAAAGUGAUAAGUUAUGGUGCUACUCGAGUCAUUGUUCCCGGAAACUUUCCAAUUGGRUGUUUACCCAUCUAUCUCACUGAAUUCCAAACCAAUGAUACUACCGCUUAUGAUGAACUUCAUUGUUUAAAGAGUUUGAAUAGUUUGGCAAGUUAUCACAAUGAUCAAAUCAAGCAAGCCAUUGACGUAUUGAGAAAGGAGAAUCCACAUACUAUUAUUGUAUAUGGMGACUACUAUAAUGCAUUUCUUUGGAUUCUUCGCGAUGCAUCUUUGCUCGGGUUUGAUGGAGCUUCUUUGCAAAAGUCAUGUUGCGGGAUUGGGGGUGACUACAACUUUAACCUCGUGGAGAUGUGCAGACUUCCUGGUGUACCAAUUUGCCCAAACCCUGAUGAACGUAUAAGUUGGGAUGGAAUCCAUUUGACGGAAAAGACUUACAAAUUCAUGGCUUAUUGGCUCAUCCCAAAAUCUUGCCGAUGCUCCGCCGAUCAACGCCGACCACCGGUGUCCGGCACCACUGCCGUUUCAGAAUAUACCGGCGACCGCUCCACGCCCACAACCACUGGCGACCACGACGACCUCUGGUCAUUUCAGAUCCGAAAUAAAUUUGGUUUUAGAUCUGAAAAGAAUGUUCGGUUUCAGAUCUGA